ACCCAAAAUGACGUAAGGCGCCGUAAAUAAUGCAAACAUGCUGCCGCUUUAUCUCUUGAAAUUAUAAUUUUCGUGCAGGAUCACGUUUUCGCCGUUCAAGUUACGUGCUUUUCAGGUGCACACACAAAAAAAAAAUUGUAGAUGAUUUUCCUUAUCGCAGAGGAUGCCGAAAUGUGCACCACAUCAAACGAGUUGAUGAUGUGCGUUUACGUAUUUUCGCGGAGACUCAUCUCUCUCUCUCUGUAUCUGUAGUUAUUCCAACCAUGUUCCGGAUUAUCCAUGCCCAUCCCUACCCAUCGAAUCUCGGAGCUGGAAAAACGAUUUUGCUACGUGCUGGUAGUAGUAAUACCUAUCUUCGCUCCAACUCAUUAACUCUGUUUGAACCGGCUGGCUAGAACUCGAGCUCGAUAGCAAAUUCAAAUAAUGCUAGAAAGUUAUUUUAGUUGAUAACACGCUUUGGAGGGAAAGCAACAGUUUUUGUGUAAGUGUGUGUGUUUGUUUGUGUUUUUUUAUACUUCAUUCAAGAUGAUGGAGGCUUGGGUUCUUCAAUUCCUUCUCCUCAAUUUGGGCAUGAAAGUCCUCUGCCAGAGUCCGCUGUUGGAUGUACCAUUCGCAGAGCUUAACGAGACUGAUAUUGAGUACUUCCCUUUGAACAAUCAGCAUCCGUGUUCAAGGAUCUGCGGACACGAGGACAGGCCGAUGGUUUGUCGGUACCAUUUCAUCGUCGAGUGGUAUCAGACGCUCAGUAAAGCUUGUUUCUCUUGUCCCGAUGUUUUGGAGGAUUGCUACAAGCCGGACUGCAUCAUCGGAGAUGGCACAAUGCGUACCGUUCUUGUCAUCAAUCGGAAGAUGCCUGGACCUACGAUAGAAGUUUGCGUUGGUGACAACAUCAUUGUUGACGUGGAGAAUAGGUUGAUGGCUGAGACCACGACCAUCCAUUGGCAUGGACAUCAUCAACGAGGGACACCUUACAUGGACGGUGUACCUUACGUCACUCAGUGUCCCAUACAACCUGGAAGUAUCUUCAGAUACAAUUUCACUGCCGUCAACGGAGGAACACAUUUCUGGCACUCGCAUACUGGUAUGCAAAGAGGUGAUGGAGCGUUUGGAGCCUUCAUAGUUCGAACUCCAGCUGCUGCAGAUCCACAUUCACAACUUUAUGACUAUGAUCUAACGCAGCACACGAUUUCUCUUCUGGAUUGGGCGGUGGACAUCGGCCUUAAAGUCUUCAUAGCUCACCAUCACAGUAUAGGCGAUAACAAACCGACAACUCUUCUGGUCAAUGGGCUAGGUAUCCACGACUUCAGCAACGUUUCAACAUCAGCUCCAACGGCUCGUUUCGUCGUCGAAAAAGGUUACAAAUAUCGUUUUCGUCUGAUAAACGCCGGCUUCCUGAAUUGCCCAGUAGAAAUGUCCAUAGACAAUCACACUAUGACUAUGAUCAGUUCAGAUGGAAACGAUUUUCAACCUGUUACAGUGGAUUCGUUGGUUUCUUACGCCGGAGAAAGGUUCGAUUUCGUGCUGAACGCGAACAUGGAGAAAGGCUUGUAUUGGAUUAGGUUCAGAGGUUUGAUGGAUUGCGACGAUCGCUUCACCAGCACCCAUCAGGUGGCCGUGCUUCAAUACGAAGGAGCUUCGAAAACCGAUUUUCCCGAUGGACCCAUUCCCAACUACCAGGAUUCCCACAACGACGGCUUGGUAAAAACUAACAUCUACCACCAUCAUCAAGUUAACACGCGAUAUUUCCAGCAAUUGAAUUCGUUGAACAAAGGAACCGAAGGUAACGAUUCGAUCAGCGUUCCUCAACUUCAUUCGCUCUUGGAUUGGGAUUCGAGCCUGAAGGAAACCGCCGAUGAACAGUAUUACGUUGGUUACGACUUCUACGAGAUCGAUAACCCGCAUUUCCAUAAAUUCCCAGAGUACGGUUUCAAUAAUGUUACUGAUAGCAGGAAUAAAUUGCUGACGCCGCAAUUGAAUCACAUCUCGUUGAAGCUAACACCUUUCCCGAUGCUCUCGCAAAGGGAUUUGAUCGAUGAUAACUUGUUUUGCAACGAAUCAACGGUUGCAGACAAAGAUUGCAAAAAGGAGUUUUGCCAAUGCUCUCAUGUUAUUCAAGUUAAAUUAAACUCGAUCGUGGAAUUGAUUUUGGUGGAUAAGGGCUUCGCCUUCGACGCCAACCAUCCGUUCCAUCUCCAUGGACAUUCCUUCAGAGUUGUAGGAAUGGAACGUUUAGGACGUAACGUUACAGUAGACGAGGUAAAGCGUCUGGAUGCUCAAGGUUUACUGAAGAGGAACCUCGGAGAUGCUCCAAUCAAAGAUACAGUGACUGUACCGGAUGGUGGUUACACGAUCUUAAGAUUCAACGCUUCAAAUCCAGGUUAUUGGCUCUUCCAUUGUCACAUCGAGUUCCACGUGGAGAUUGGUAUGGCUUUGAUCUUCAGAUUCGGCGACGAUGAAGAUAUGCCUCCAGUUCCACACGGCUUCCCCAAAUGCGGCGAAUACUACGGCUUAGAACCGUCUGCGCCUUCACCGAACGGCUGUGGUCACAAAACGUACUCGUUCCUUAUCAUUUUAGGAAUUUUGCUACGUCCUCUCUUGCUGUGAACCAAUUUAACGUAUUAUUAUUAUUUGUAAAUAACCGUAUUUAUUAUGCAUAUGUGAUAUAAUUAUAAUUUAGAACUUCAAUGAUACUAAUUUUAGCGCGUUAACUGUUGAAAUAAUAAAAAAAAAACAACAGUAUAUAGUUCAACACUUGUUGUUGUUUGCCAAGUAGUAAAUAUUAUAUAAUUAACUUGAAUUGUAGCAAAUUGUAAACAGUAAAUAUUGUUUUUAAUUGGUUUUCGCGUACGAAACAAAAACAACUAAAAUAAUAAUGCGCGCUUCCAUGAAUUAAUAGCGAUUAUAGUAAAUGAGUGGCGAUUGCACAUAUUUAUUUACACCAUACACAUUUAGGCGAUUUUACCUCGUGCGGCUUCAAUUUCUUCAUCCAAUUCGAUUCUGGUUUUUUUUUUAAGAAUUGCAAGACGCUUGUGAUAUUUAUGCUUAAGAUUACUUAAUAACUCAUCAUUGCAUAGAUUCUAAUUGCAUUACUUUCACUUUUGCAAACGUAGUCGUCUUUCGAUUAAAUAUCAAAGAAUCAAAUAAUUAUUACCUUUAACACACAAAUUGUUACAUAAUUAUUGAAUGUUUAAGCGAAA